CAUUAAAAGCAUUUGUAAACGCUCAACAAAAUAGCUAGUUUUCCUUGAAAAAAAUUAAAAUAUUGCAGCCAUAAUUAGACGUAAGUUAUGGAUUCUUUCAAAAAUUCUCUACGGUAUUUCACUACAAUGUAGGGGGUUCUCGAUAGUGGUAGAUUCCGAAAUCAUGGCGGAUAUAAAUUCUAUCGGCGAUGCAUACGCAUGGUGGUGCCGGACCAGCAGGUGGGGAAAGUGUUCAUAAGCACACGUACUCGUCAACGAUCAACGCGGGAUGGAAAGGCCGCGAUCCGGUAGUUCACAGAGCAGUGCCAGCAGCAAUGACGACACUUUUGACAGUAGCAUAGGCUCCAUCCCUAGUUCACCAUCCAAGACACGCCAGCGAACGACGUCAACAGGUACCAUGCCGUCAAACGUCCUGAAAACCACAAAGAAUCGGACGAUCUACACCGCCGGUCGGCCACCGUGGUACGACUCACACGGCGAUUUGAAAGAAGCAUUUGUCAUCGGCUUGUGUGGUGGUAGUGCCUCUGGUAAGACCACCGUAGCUAACCGGAUCAUUGAGGCACUAGAUGUAUCCUGGGUCAGCCUGCUAUCUCUGGAUUCAUUCUAUAAGGUAUUGAAUGAAGAACAACAUCAGAGAGCAGCUGAAAAUGAGUACAAUUUCGAUCACCCAGAUGCCUUCGACUACGACCUGGUCAUACAGACACUCAAGAAUUUGAAGGAAGGAAAGUGCGUUGAGGUUCCAAUUUAUGACUUCACAACUCACGCAAGGAGAAAGGAAAAGAAAGCCAUCUAUGGAGCCAAUGUCAUCAUUUUUGAGGGCAUUUUGUCGUUUGCAAAGAAAGAGCUCGUAGAUCUCAUGGACUUGCGGAUAUUCGUGGACACAGACUCAGAUAUCCGACUGGCAAGGCGGCUACGACGUGACAUCUCCGAAAGAGGGCGCGAGAUCGAGGGCGUCCUGAAACAGUAUAAUAAAUUUGUCAAGCCGUCGUUUGAGCAGUUCAUCGAACCAGCGAUCCAACAUGCGGACAUUGUUGUACCAAGGGGUGCGGAGAAUGAUGUUGCAAUGGAGUUGAUUGUUCAACAUGUACAUGAUCAGCUUGAAAAGAGAGGCUUGACAUUUAGAUCUAAGCUGCUCAGCGCCCAUGUCAACCAACCCUUGCCAGACACGCUAACCGUGGUGGAGAACACCAUACAAGUUCAAGGCCUGCAUACUUUCAUCAGGAACAAGGACACCCCUCGGGAUGAGUUUAUCUUCUACUCUCAGCGCCUAACAAGAAUCCUUGUCGAAAGCGCACUGGCACUGUUGCCAUUUGAGGACUGUGAAGUGAAUACGCCUCAGAACACCAUCUACAAAGGAAGGAAGUUUACAGGACGAUCAGAAGAUGGUCGUUCAAAGCUCUGCGGCGUUUCUGUACUGAGAGCUGGUGAAGUCAUGGAGCCUGCUUUGUGCGACGUUUGCAAAGAUAUUCGGUUGGGGAAAAUUCUCAUCCAAACAAAUCUUGACACUGAGGAACCAGAGCUCCAUUACCUUCGGCUUCCUAAGGAGAUUGAGAAGGAUCAUGUGAUCCUGAUGGAUGCUACCGUGGCAACAGGAGCGGCGGCCAUGAUGGCAAUCAGGGUACUGCUGGAUCAUGAUGUUCCUCAAGAGAACAUCAUGCUGCUGUCUCUACUCAUGGCAGAAUCGGGCGUUCACACAGUUGCAUAUGCAUUUCCCAAAGUCAAGAUUGUGACGACGGCAGUGGACAAGGAGGUCAACGAAAACUUCCACAUAAUCCCUGGAAUAGGAAACUUUGGUGACAGAUACUUCGGCACAUAGCUCCGGUUUACAUUGGGGAUCUGUCAGGUCAAAGUUCAAACUGAGGGUCAUCAAACUGACAACUGCAGAGUACCAAUGUUUAACAUCCCCACUUUAAUGUUCCAUAUGUCUGAUGGAUUUUGCUUGUGGUUCUCAAAGUGUCAGAUUCAGACCUUUGGCCUUCGUCAGUUUUUGUCCUCUUUUUUACACUUUUAAAGAGUCACCUUUUCUUUGCAAUUUGGUGGGAAUUACAAAAUAUACGAAAAUGUUUGAAAGCACACUUGUUUCAGUGCUUGAUUUUAUUUUCUGAAAUUUAAAGGAACUGUUGUCCAUUUUGUUCCGUUCUAAUAAUUGGAUUAACUCAUUCAUUAAAACUUGACAACCAAAUACAGGCAAAGCGAUGUUUUCUGAGAAAAAAAUUAGUUUGAACAAAGUUGUUACAUUAAUUAUGUGUUUAACACAAAUAAGAGAUUCUGCACAAAGUAGAUACUUGUUUUCAUUCAAAAGUUAAUUUAAUGAAAGAUCAUGGAUAAUUAAUAAAAAUCAGGUACUGAAUUAUAAGAGAAAUAUAAACUGACACUUCCAAAAAUCUAAAAUGUUCACGCAGUUUGUUGAGAAUUGCAAUUCAGUAAUUGGCUUUCUGAGAAGACAGGUAUGUCAUAUCCAAAAAUAGCACUAAUAAUAUUCUGUUUUUAAUAGUCUAAGUCUUUUAUUUUGUAAAUAACACAAAAAUAUUAAAAGAUGCUUUAAACAUACACCUUGCAGUUGACUGUUAUGUGCUGUAAAUAUCUCCAACACCGAAAAGGUUUCAGUUAUUUUUAUCAUGUUGCAGCAAAAAAGGAGGAAAAUAUGCAAAUCCCUGUACAAAGUAAAUGGAGAGUUGCCCCAUUGCCCAGACGUGAGCGUAAUAAAUGGAACAACCUCCAACCACGAGAUUAUAAAA